UUAAAUGUAUUUAUUACAGAUAACACAGAUGAAAAACAUUUUCGAAGUUGGUUGAAGUUUCAUCUUUACAGCGCAAUUAAGUUACAGGGCAACUCGUGCUCGAUCCAUAUUGUUUCUUUCAUUUUAUUUCUUAUGCAGGUUAUCAAGAUAAUAUUGAUUACUUCACAGUUGUUUAGUUUUGGUAAGGAUCAUGGAAACUUUAGUGACGUGGUCAACCGUGGUCAUUUAACGUUGAGGCAUUUGCUUCUUAAAGACUGGGAUGCCUCAUGGGAAACAUUGGCGUAUCCACCACAUAAAGGUGACUUUGCUGUUUACACUAUAGACGAUUUAGAAAACGGCAUCAACUUUGCAGUUAAAGGGUAUUACAACACAAAGAGGGAAGCGAUAGGCUUCUUCCAGCGCACAACUGAUGACACAAUGGUUAUACAAGUGAAAUACUUUGAUUUCCCUGGUUUCAAUGACACCAAUGUGACACAAGGUCUUAUAAUUCAAGACAAAACAUUUUCUGCCGAUGUUGGCCUGUCGCUACAAAACCAGACGUACAAUUAUAAUAUCAUUAAAGAAUUAACAGGCAAUGGUUUGAAACAACCGAUCAAACGAAUGUUGUCGACUGAAUUACGUUUUUCGAUACAUUCUGUACGGGUGUAUGAGAAAGUUAGACGAGCACGAUGUUUACAUGUACAAGGCUGGGUGACAUUUAACGACAUGGACUAUAAUGGACAAGUUAUUGUUAAUUUGGAAACAUUGACGAGAAGAAUCUCAUGUAAACAACUGAACAUUUCUGCACAAGAUUGGGCUUUGGAAAACACAUCGAAACCACUGGGAGAAGUUCUUGUUUUUUUCUGUUUACUGUCCAUGAUUGCGUCCACGUUGAUUAUAACAUUGACUGUGUAUCUUUGUUGG